AUGGCCACAGAAGAUGAUACAAAUGUGUUUGCCAAGCCAUGGAAACAUAGUGACUUAGUGUUAAUUGUUGAUGGUAAAGAACUCCAUGUCCAUAAAUCGAUUCUUGAAAUGCAAUCGCCUGUAUUUGACAUGAUGUUGAAUGGAGAUUUUAAGGAAGGAAGCAAUGACAACAUUCCUCUUGAAGGUGAUAAUUUUGAGUUAAUGGUGCAGUUUUUGAAAUUGCUUUAUCCAUCUUCCAUGUUUAGAGAAGUUAGAUCCUUGAAGGGUGAAAAUUUGUUAUCAAUACUCAUGCUUGCUGAUAAGUAUCAGUGUGUGAACUUUAUUAGAGAGUGUAUUGAUGAAGCAAAAAUUACACAAGAUACAGUUUUGUAUCUUUUGUAUCAUGUGGGUAUAUAUCACAAGUCAGCACUGAAUAAGCUGUUUGAUGUUGUUAACAAUAACAUUUCAACAGAGGAGCUGGAAGCAUUCAUCUACUCAAAUCAGACAGACGACAAAACAAAGAACUCGCUUAUUGUCCAGAUGCUUUUGUGCAAGUGUCGUUUUCUGGAACCAGCAAGCAUACUAUGA